AUGAAGGUGCUAUUCUACGGAUUGAUUCCCAUCGCCCUCUAUGCUAUAUUCAACUACUUAUUCCACACAUGGCUACCAACGAACUACCGAUUUGACAAAGUCGUAUUGCAAAACUUGGUGCAAGAUGUAUUAAAAGACCACCCAGAUGGAAAUGCCACUGCAAUAAUGAUUGACUUGGCCCCCAGAAUCAAGCAAGAGUACCCUGACUUGAUCAAUGACUUGAAUUUCAAUGACUGGUUUUACAAUAAUGCUGGUGGAGCAAUGGGGCAAAUGACAAUUUUGCAUGCGUCGAUUUCUGAAUACUUGAUCUUUUUCGGAACUGCAGUAGGGACAGAAGGCCAUACGGGAGUUCAUUUCGCUGAUGAUUAUUUUACGAUCUUGAGUGGUGAACAAAGGGCCGCUUACCCUGGUAGUAUGGAACCGGAAGUGUACAAACCUGGUGAUCAACAUCAUUUACCCAAGGGUCAUGUCAAACAAUACGCCAUGCCUGGUGGAUCAUUUGCAUUGGAAUUGGCCCAAGGUUGGAUUCCGGCAAUGUUGCCCUUUGGUCUUUUGGAUACUUUGAGCUCAACAUUGGAUUUCUACACUUUCUACUUGACGUCGUACUAUACCGCUAAAGAUAUGAUUAAGAAUUUGUUGAAUGGAAAAUUUUGA